GUUAACUAAAGUCUGUACACAGUUUCGUACAGUUAUAGUGGAUUUCAUAUGGAAAAACAAAUACAAAAAUUUAGAAGUGUGUAAAAUGUCUCAACAUUUCGGAAUGUUGCUAACAAAUAAUACAGCCAAUAAUGAUGCAGAAAACGAAGAAGUUGGCUUUGAAUGCGUUAAGGAGGACAAGACCAUAUUAAAUCGAAGAGAUGUGGACACUUUUCUGCAAUUAAUAGUUAAUAACAUAAAAAUGUUAGUUUUAUACUCACCAACGAUAAAUUAUAAACGUAUCGACGAUGAAAAUGAUGUGAUGAAAAGUACUUCUUUUAUUUUUAAUCCUGCAGAAUUCGGAGUGACAUUUGAUAAUCGACAUCGAUUUAUAAAUCUUACUGCAAUAAGUUUUCAACAUGUUAUCAUUACUGAACAAGAUUUAAGACUUUUGAAUAGAAAUUGCAGCAAGUUGGAGAAAAUAUGUUUGGACAACUGCUUUAACAGCAAUGAAAGGACUCUGGUAGUAGGAGAAGAUAUAAAAAUUACCACUCUACAAAAUAUGACUGGAUUAAAAUAUUUUGAAAUUACAGUUUUUGAUACUGUAGAUAAAGAUUUAUUUUACGAUUUGAAUAAAAUAUUAGGCAAAUUAAAUAUGAUACAGUUGGUAAUAAAAAUAAGAAAUUUUGCUCUAAUUGAUGAAGAUGAUAAUGAAGUUGUUGGUACAACAACAAAAAAGGCUUUAGGACUUACAAAUUCAUGUGAAGAACUAACAAUAGGAUAUUUUCGGUCUCAACGUAUUUUUAGAAAAUUCAACAACUUAAUUUUAAGUAAUUUCAAAAGCCUAAAGAAAUUAGUUAUGGAAUCAUGGGCUUUGAUCUCAAUUAAUGAAGAAUUCUUCAAAAAACUUACUAAAACUUGUAGUCAAUUAGAAUAUUUGAAAUUACAAAAUUUUGAAAUCAGUAGCCUUGCCACUAUUUCCACCUUAAAUACUUUGGUUUUGGAGAAUUGUUCGGGUUUGAUUUGGCGCGACUUGAUAGCUUUAUUAAGUAAAAUGAAACUAAGGUCAUUUUCUAUAUUGGAUACCGAAUAUAUAGGAAUAUUUGAGUACUUUCAUGUGGCAACAACUUUGGAAAAUGUGCUCGUUGUCAAUUGUCAACGAAACCAUCUAAAGAAACUAUUUGAUAUAAAUGAUGGUCAGAAUUUGAACAAUUUAGCCUCAUUAACAUGGCAUGACAAUUUUGCUCAAGUUCCUAUUUAUGUGGCUACAAGUUGCGCUAAACUAAGAACAUUAAUUACGGAGCCAUCAUCAUUGUUAAUUAAUAAUUUGUACAGCCUGACCUCUUUGGAGAAACUAACUUUAAGAGUCGGCCGAAAAAUAAAAUUCUCAAAAAUUAUGAUAAUUUUAAAGCAUCCCACGUUAAGACACUUUACACUCACAAAACUUGAAGGUCCAGAUAGCUAUGAUGAAUACGAUGACUACUUAAUUGACUAUGAUAUUUACGAUCAAGAACUAAUGGAAUUCGAAGAUAAGAAAAUCAAUUUGUCAUUCUUGAAUAUAUCCUUAAAUAGUUAUUUUAAAAUUGUUCAAGACUUCUGGUUUAAUCUACUGCGCAAUAAUCCAAAAUUAAUAAUUAUGAUACGUUAUAAUAGAUUCCUUCACAGCGAUCACUCAUUUCUAAAAUAUAUAAUUAAUCAUCGAAAAUUUCCAAGGCGUUUGAAAUCGAUUAAAGUUUGUGGCUACAGAAUUGAAAUCAAAGAAUUUAGGGAUAAUUUUGAGACUGCUGUUGAAAAGAUUAAAUCAUUUUCCAAUAUAUAUAAAGAUAAAGAAGACAAAGGAUAUAUUUUAUUGUAA